AUGACCAUGAAUUCUUUAGUAUCUUCUGAACGUAUUAACUUGAAAGUUCUUGGACAAGAUAAUUCAGUAAUACAAUUUAAAAUUAGAAAAAAUACUCAAUUAAGAAAGUUGAUGAAUGCGUACUGUGAAAAAACUGGUCUUGUUUACAACUCUGUAAGAUUUCGAUUUGAUGGACAAUCGGUUAACGCGAAUGAUACGCCAGCUUCUUUAAAUCUUGAAGAAGGUGAUACCAUUGAAGUUUUCCAACAGCAGACUGGUGGUUGCUGUUUUUAA